UCCAAGCACUGAUCUGGCCGGUCGGGUCGGCUCAAGCGGGAGGCGACGAGCAGGAAGCCUGCGGCUGGGGAGCUCCAAAGGCCCAGCCCGCCCUGUGGCAGAGGCAGGUGGACUUUGUCCCCCCCGGGAGACGCCGCAGGAGAUGCUGGCAGCGCCCGUGCCUGUCAUCUGAGCACGCCAUGGCAGACCUUUGCAGCGUGCCCCCAGAAAUCCUGGUGCCGGCUGCCAAUGAGACGCUGGAGCUGGUGCUGGGGAGCCAGGUCGAGCUGAACUGCACCGUGCGCUGGGCGGGCACCGAGCACUGCCAGCCCAUUCCCACCUGGAGCAAGGACGGGCAGUGGCUGGGCAGUGGCAGCAGCCAGGACACUGUCUGGUCCGGCCAAAACUCCUCGGAGCAGCUCCUGGCCAGUGUCCUGCAGCUCAACCUCACCCAGGAUGCUGAUUUUGGGGUGUUUGCUUGCUGGAUCAGCAAUGCCACGGCCACUUUCACCCUGCGGCGAGCAGAGGCGGUGGGGCACGUGCCAGCGGUGCUGGCAGCCCUCCUGGUCCUGCUGCUCCUGGUGCUCCUGGCUGUGCUCUAUGUCCGAUGCCGCCUGAACGCGCUCCUCUGGUACCGGGACCGCUACGGAGAGCUGGAGAUCAACGAUGGGAAGCUGUACGAUGCCUACGUCUCCCACGCCAAUGCCCCCGAUGACCGGAAGUUCAUCCACUUCAUCGUGAAGCCGCAGCUGGAAAACCGCCACGGCUACAAGCUCUUCCUGGACCAGCAGAACAUCCUGCCCAACUCAGAGCCAUCAGCUGACCUCAUCAUGAAUGUCAGCCGGUGCCGGCGCCUCAUCGUGGUGCUCUCCGUAGCGUACCUGGAGCAGGAGUGGUGCAACAGCAGCUUCAGGGAAGGGCUCUGGAGGCUGCUGGAGCUUUCCAGGAAACCCAUCUUCAUUGUCUUCGAGAGCCAGUACCGGGAGAUCACCCACCCCGCCAUCACCCUGCUGAAGCAGCACCGAAGUGCAGUGACCCUGCUGGUGUGGAGAGCUGGCUCCAUGACCCCAUCGUCGGACUUCUGGAAGGAGCUGUGCCUGGCCCUGCCGCGCAAGGUGUCCUUCCCGGGGGGAAGGAGCGUGGGGGACCCGCAGACGCAACUGCAGGAGGACAAGGACCCCAUGCUGAUCCUGCACAGCAGCUACCUGGACAGCGUGGGAGACCUGGACCCGGACGGGGACCUCGGCACAGGCCUCCGAGGGCGCGUCUUCGGCAGCCCCCGGCCCCCGCGCCUCGCUGGGCCCGGCGCUCCCGGGGCUCCAGCCUCCAGCGGGAUGGAGGAGGCACAGCUGCGGGAUGGGCAGCGCUCCGAGCUCGACGUCUCAGAUCUGGGAUCGCGCAACUACGGCGCCCGCACGGACUUCUACUGCCUGGUGACAGAGGAUGACAUCUGAGCAGGACCACAGGUGUCCCCCAGCCCUGUGGGGACACACGGACCAGGUCAGGGCUGAGGAGCCCGGAGUAAUGAUAGGAUCAGAGCCAUGGUUGUGCUGGGAAAGCAGGAGCUGGCUCCAGAGUGGAGAACUGGAAAACCAUCACCAGGAGCACCCUGCCCAUAAUACCUCAGUGCCACCCCUGGGCGCCACCCAGGUGGCUGGGCCGUGUCCCUUGCUGUGGGUGGCAGGUAUGUUCUUCCUGCAUGAUGGACAGUGCUGGGAUGGGUGAUGCUCUCCAAGGAACAAGGUGCCCCAGCCCCAGGGAGUGCCCGACGGGAGUGGUGGCAGCACCUUUGUCCCAUAUGGAA